GUGUUUGUGGAGCCGAGCGAGGUGCCCGCGUGUGGUCUGCUUCGCCAUCCACUCCUGCUACUCAGCACACUGCACACACCCCACUACCCCAGCUCGAUCGUCCCACCGUCCCCUCCUUCCUCCGGCCAGAUGCUCCUCUCGGAGCUCCCGAAUCCGCCCCGCCCAUGGCGCCCCCGCGUUCGAGAAGCCCAUUCCGCUCGCCCUCGCCACCUCCCUCUCCCCGGCUCCCACACCGCGGCCUUACCGAGAAGGCGCCACCUCCUCCUGUCCCCUUCCGCGACUCCGUCCGACGACCCCGCGCUCCCUCCGGCGAGGCGACCGUCCCGCCCGAAGAGGGCGUCGGGUGAGGGCGAGGGGUGGAUGAAGAAGGCGGUGCCGCCCGCGCCCGUCACGCGCGGGCUCUCCAGCCCCGUCCCCGAGGAGCCGCUGUCGCCGCUCCGGUGGACGGCCGGGCGGCAGGCGCGCGCCGCGUGGCGGAAGGCGUCGUCGUUGGUGCCCAGGAGGGCCAGGAGCGUCAUCCUGCUCAACCUGCUCGUCCUCAUAUUUGCAAGCAACAUUUCUAUUGUCAAAGAAGCACAGACUAUGUUGGAUCCUGACCUUUUCAAUAUCAUACGCUUCACUAUUGCGGCCAUUCCUUUUGUGCCAUUCUUGUUGAAGUCACUCAGAGACAUGCAAGUUGUUCUUAGGGGCGUAGAGCUGGGGGUUUGGGUAACCUUGGCCUACCUCACUCAAUCUAUUGGGUUAGUUACAGCUGAUGCUGGCCGUGCAUCUUUCAUAUCCGCCCUCACAGUGAUCAUUGUUCCUUUCUUGGAUGGUAUUCUUGGAGCAGAAAUACCUGCAUAUACAUGGCUUGGAGCAUUUUUAUCAGUUCUCGGGGUUGGUAUUCUGGAGUUAAGUGGUUCUCCACCAUGUGUUGGUGAUCUUCUGACCCUCCUUAGUGCCUUUUGUUUUGGAAUUCACAUGCUCAGAACCGAGCAUAUUUCCAGGAAAAUGAAGAAAGAAAAUUUCCUACCGCUUGUUGGAUGUCAGGUGGUUGUCGUAGCUGUUGUGUCGGCAGUCUCGUUCAUUGUUAAAUGCUUCCUCCAGAAUGUGGUACCCUGGAAUUUAAAAUCAGGGACACCAACAGAGUUAUUCAGUAUGAUGUCAUCGUUUCCUUGGCUAGCAAUACUAUACACAGGCAUAAUCGCAACAACCUUUUGUUUAUGGGCAGAGAUCGUUGCUAUGCGUGAUGUAUCAGCUACAGAAACUGCAAUAAUUUAUGGUCUGGAACCAGUAUGGGGUGCUACUUUCGCAUGGGCAAUUCAUGGCGAGAGAUGGGGCAUUACUGGACUUAUUGGAGCUAUCUUCAUCAUAGGAAACAGAGCAGAAGAAGUACUAGUGCAGGAGCGAAUGCAAGGUUCAGAAAUCCAUCACAGGAGCAAGAAGAACAACAACAGUUUUACUAGCUUGCAUGAACAAGUGGAGCAAAUUGCUCAGAGGUACAUCCAUGGCGAUCGUACAUGGACGAACUAUUACAUCAGCCAGCGAGAAGAAGUUGCUGUGCCCUCCAGCGUGAAGAUUGGCCGCCUCUUCGGCCUUCCACGCUGCUUCAAAUGGAUCGAAGGAGCACGGCCGCGGUUUCAACAAGUGGUCCUGUCCCUGAAGCGAUGGAGCGUCAAGAUCCGGCACGGCAUUGUACCUCUUCUCCUUGUCAGCAUCAUGGAAGGCAGGGUAAUCGGACUGCAGCAUGUCCUCCAGCACACCUUGGUCCAAGGCAUCCAGGUACAGAGGUUCCUGUUGGCCCAUCUCCACGCCAGUGUUGGCUCCAGUGGCCGGCUCAACUUCAAUUGGGUCGUCUUCCAUCAUUCUCAUUAGUUCUUCGAUAUCAAAACCAUCUGCCUUCCCAUCCGGCAAAUUGGAAAUAGGCUCCAAUGGCUCAAAGACACCCUCUUCAGAUGCUUGAGCCAGCCUCAGGAACAAUCUGUUGUUGGCUGUAAUGCUUGACAGACUCCAGC